GAAAAUAAAAAUAGUACAUUGUUUCCAAGCUGAAAAGGAAUAUUCAUUGAAAACUCAAUGACGAUAUAAUGCUACCUAUAAAAAGGAUUUAUACAAAACCCAAUGGAUUCUAUGAAUAUGUGGGGAUUAUUUUCUCAUUUCACAUAGUUUUAUUCUAUGGAUAAUGAAUUACUCUGUAACGGGGGUUAAUUUACUACUCUACGUGACUUUACUUCAUAUAAUUUGGUCUACAUAUCAAAAAGAUACAAUGGCGGAUUUUUUAUUUAGAAUUCCUAAUAGUCAUGUAAUAUUAUCAGAAUUUCAACCAUGUCCUUCAAGUAAAUUAUAUCUUACUUUUCUUUCUGCAGGCUCCACUGGUUUACUAAUGUAUGCAGAAAAUAAUAAAACUGGACAGUUUUUUGCACUCACCUUACUACCUGGUAACAGAAUAAAGUUAGAAAUGGAACUACGUCCACCACAGUAUCGAGUUACAAGAGCACAUACAACAAUGACUUUAGAUUAUUCACAAAAGCAUAACAUUAAUCCUAGUAUUAAUUGGUUAAGUUCACGUGUUUCAUCGAAUUUAGACAAAAUUCAUUCAACACAGUGGAAUUAUGUAGAAAUUAGUUUUCAUUCGAAAACAGAAUACUCAGCUGAUGUAGUAAGAAUGAAAGUAAAUGAAUUCCAUACUCAAAUUCAACUUUCACCAUCAGACAGUUUGUCACUUGUUAGAUCAUAUUCAAAACCAAAGUCUUCUUUAUUCGGUCCUUAUGUUUACAUAGGACAAAUACCAGAUGCAAUGCGUUCAGAUGCAACUGAGCGUGCAUUAUUCAGUGUUGCUAUGCAGUCUAGUUUUCAAGGAAUUAUUAAAGAUAUCCGAACUGUUCAAUGCGUAGAUUCCAAAAAUUCAAAAAGGAUAAAUCUAUUACCUUUGGCUACAGAAUGCAUGGAAUUUGAAACUAUAAGUUUAGAAAAUGGUGCAGUAAAUGUAGAUUCUGAUUCUUUUUCAUCAACGCCCAGUUUCUGUUUUUUACGAAAUAAUCAGGCGAAACUUCAUCCUGAAAUGUUAGAUGGUCUAGUACAUUUCGAUUUUGACGAAAAAAGUAAAAACACAAUGUUUUGUGGAAAUGAACCACACAAUACACUCAAUUUAAAUGGCCAAAACUAUGCCAAAUUUCAUUUUACUACAGUAAAAUCUGAUGAAAGCAUUUUUCUAGAAUUUAGAACACGCGAUGAAAAUCAAAUGAUGUUCAGUAUUGAAUUAUUCAAUCUGUGGAAGACUGAAGUGAAAAAACCAGUCGCUUUGUACUUGCAUGGUUAUUUACUAAAUGGGUCGUUGAUUAUUAGACCGUCAAGUCACUUUCCGUUAAUAAAUUCCUGUUUGAACGAUACUGAGCGCCUUAUAAAUUGCCUAUCAGACUAUAAUACUUGUGCAGAUACACAGUGGCACAGUGUUGUGAUAAUGAUCAAACAAAAUGAUCUAUUUGUUGUACUAGAUAAUCAAUCAUUUGUGAAGUUAAACUGUCCAACUCAAAGACGAUCACUUGCCUUUAAAACUAUGUAUAUUGGAACAAAUAUACUGAACUACUCAGAGCCUGUUACCCCUCAACGUUUUCCCGUUGCUAUAGAUCAAGCAUAUUUUAGAGGAUGUUUUCGAUCACUUCUUUAUAAGACCGGGGACAAUUCUAUACCACUACUAGCUACAGACAGUAGGAAACAUAUUCAAGUUGAAAUCCCACCUCAGUCAAAUAUGUCACGUUGUGAUUUAAAGCUACUGCGACCGAAAGUCAACAUAAAUCUUGAGAAAAAACAAAGUUUCAUAUCAUUCACUAGACCAGGUAGCUUUUUAAGAACACGAGGAUGGAAAGUUGUUCUUCAUGGUGAAAUCACAUUUCUUCUACGCACAACAACUUUAAACGGAUUGAUUCUGUACAGUAACUCAGUUGCUGAACAUAAAUUAUAUCCGAAAAUUGUCAACGAAACUACAUUACUAAAAAAUGUUCAAGGAUUGAGACAAAUGGGAUUUGAUAUAUUUGCUUUAGAAAUACGCUUAGGAAGACUACAUUUUUUAGUGAAUACAGGAUCAGGAAUAGUACAGCCAGAGUUUAGUAGGAAAUACAUUGAAUCUGAGAGUAAAGGUUUUGUAUCUGAUGGAAAUGAACACGCUGUUCAAAUUGUGUUUGAUGAAGGUGAUGUAACGAUUAACGUUGAUGGAAAGAAUUUUGUUACUUAUGGAGCUGAAUCAAAAACCUACAAAUAUUUGAACUUAAAUGAACACUUUUAUAUUGGUGGUCUUCCUGAACCAAUACGUCAAAUCAACUCAUUUAUAUCUCCUGACGUUUGGUCAGCUCAACUACGACACGAUUUUGUCGGAUGUUUGGGCAAUUUUACUGUAAAUAAACAAUUAUGGGAUAUUGAUUUAGAAAGUCGUUCAUGUUGGUCAAAAUCAUCUGUAAAGUUUGGUUGUACACUUUCUUCAUCAACUAAUUUGUGUACAGACAACACUUGUACAAACAAUGCUCAUUGUCUUUCUGAUUGGAAUCAAUCUGAUUGUGAAUGCACUUUAACUGGGAAACCCUGUAUAAAAAAUCCAAUUACUGUUAGUUUCAAUGGAUUCCAGUGGAUAUGGAUAAAAAUUAGUCCCCUUCCCAUCCAAUCUGCAGUUGAAGAAUUAACACUGAGAUUCAAAACAAGAUAUAGGAAUGGAUUCUUGUUGACAACCCGCAGUUCUAUGCUAUCAGCUCCAGACUGUUUAGAACUAAAAAUAAUUUCCGGUUACUUAGUGUUAAUUUACAACUUGGGUGCCAAAGAUAAUGUAUAUCACAGCCCGGUAUUCGUAGCAGACAACAGUUGGCACACUGUGAAAGUUUAUAGGAGAGAAAAUGUGCUCAACUUCACAGUCGAUCAAUUCUCUCAAUAUUAUGACAUUCCAAAAGACGGUCGUUACCUUUCACACCAUCAUCUGAUUUUCGGUUCUUCUGAAAAAUCACUUACAAGUUAUCUCACAGAUACAAGAAAACAAUUUAGUCCUAAUACAGAAAUCAGUAGUACAAAAGACCACGUUUUUAUUGGCUAUCUUUCAACUUUCUUGUUUAAUGGAGUUGAUUUUCUACGAGUCGCCCAAAAUUUAAACAGUGAUCCUAGUCUGUACACAUGGAGAGGGAAAAUAGAUAUAACAGCCACUGAAAGUGGUAUGGAGCCCAUCUAUGAAAUGCCGCUAAGUUUCAGUGAUUUGGAUUCAAACAUUAACAUCCAGCUUAAAAAUCCUGCAAGUGGAUUCACUUUGCAGACAAGAAUAAAGUGGAAGAAACGUGGGGCAAUUCUUUUUCUUCAUGAUGACUUCAAUCAGCAUUUCAUUCUGGAAUUGGCAGACAGUGGAUUUCAGCUGAUACAGAUAGAUCAUAGUCAGCUUGAAAAACAUAAUAUUGGUGUGAUGAAGCCAUUGGUUGAUAUUGAAUGGUAUCACAUCAAAGUCAUUAAAAAGCCAUUGAUGCAAGCAAUAAUUAUUCAGAUUAACAAUCAGUCAACACAUAUUGAAUUGAAUAAAUCGAGCUAUUUUUCUCUAAAAUCAAUAAACAUUGGAGGACUGUCUGAACGAAAAUCAGUUUAUCCUGUCCUCGGUGAUUAUCUGCAGUCAGCUCCAAGGUUCCAAGGUUGUUUGGCAUCAUUCUCAUUGAAUCAUUCUAUCGAUGAUGACCCAACAACUCCACCAAAACUUAUAAAUCACACAGUUGUCUCAAAGUACCAAUUAAACUAUCUUCAUUCAAGUGAUACACAAAAUGUAAAAUGGCACAAUGUACAAAUAGGCUGUCGUUAUUCAAAUAAUAAAUUUUCAGAUGUUAAUCAAUGCUCAGAGAAUUCAUGUCAUUUUAACGGUAUCUGUUCACAACAAUGGAAUUCUACCUCUUGUGAUUGCAGUCUGACUGGCUUCACUGGAAGGUUCUGUGAAAAUUUUGGACCGUCCAUUCAUGUAUCAAAAUUUCCGGAGAGACAUGCUGUUAUUGAGUUGAAUUCCCCUCAGAACACAACACUGGAUCGAUUAGCAUUUGGAAUAGAAAUCACUCAUCCCGGUACAAUGACGCUGAUUCAUAUUCAGGGUCAAGGACAAUCUCCAGACUACAUACAAGUAACACUACUACAUAAUAAGAAUCAACAAAACUUGGCUGUUCAGUAUAAUAUGGGAGGAGGAACACAAACACUUUUUCAGCAAAAUGUGAAUCUGAACGACGGUCACUUCCAUGUUGUGCAAUUUAUACGACACGAAGCCAAAGGAAUAUUGAGGAUAGAUUUUCAGAAUGAAAUCAGUAAAACGGCAGAAGAUAAAAAUAAUAAACACUUCAAUUCGUUGAAAAGGAUAUAUAUUGGCAAAUCACCAAAUUCGAAACCACAACCAUUUCAAAAUAUGAGCGAAAAGUUUGUAACAAGAAAAGGAUUUGAAGCCUUUCUUACUGGUUUAAACUUGAACGGCAUUGAUUUAAUUGAUGUGCUAGUUGGGAAUAUGGUACCUGGAAUAUAUUUAAAAUCUCGAAAAAAUAUAGAAUUCAACCCGAAUUUUAAAUCGAACAUCAAGAAUCUGAAAACUCACUAUGAAAGGUCCAAACCUGGAGCUACAAAUCAUAAAGAGGCAAACGAUAUGCAACUCUCAGCGAAUGAUUUGCUUGAUAAAGUGACUGACUAUAAGCCACAACCUAUUGUCGUACCAAAAAGUGACUGUUCAACAUCGAAUCAGGUAUUUAACUAUGAAGAAUGUCAACCUGCAGAUGAAGAUGGAAUAAUUCGUCCAUUCGUUACAUUCAAUAAUAACUAUCUAAUGACUGUGGCAGCUGCUGAUAAAAAUGAGCCCCAACAAGGAUGGAAUGCUGACCAAAGCAACAACAACAAACAAUCUCAAACAACAUAUAUGAAUUCCAUCCAAAACUUUGCUAAUUUGGACCAAUCAAUUGCGGGUGUAGAUGAAAUGGGACCCUUAAUUACUAGUUGGUUUAGUCCUUCAGAUAAAUUAGUACAUGAAGAAACUGGAAAGAAAUGGUACGAAACAUCUAACAUGGAAAAUCACCGAUCAUUGGGAAAUACGCUACACGAAAACUCGAAUAACAUCAUCAAUUCAUUUAUAGAUAGAAAUAAAAAAUUCCCUUUCAACAUUGUGCUCAUUAUUGCUGUCUCAAUCAGUGGUAUUUGUCUCCUGAUAAUUUUAACAUGUAUCAUAUAUCGAUAUAUGCGACGUGACGAAGGAACUUACAGAGUCGAAGAAACCACAGGAUAUACCACAGAAACACCUCAAGUCACUGAUAUCCCUAAUCGUGAAACUAAUACUGUCAUACAAACAUCAUUACCACUGAUAAGUUUACCGAUUGAAUCAGUCAAAUUGGUAACUUUAUUAAAAGAUAGUCAUGAGCUUUGUGACUUAGACGGAGGAACAUUAGUUAAGCUCAUAAAUGAAUCUGCUUCAAUGAAUGAGAAAACCUUCUUUACUAGCGGUGAGAUUCAAAACACCCCUGACGUAAUACUGACAGAUAAAAGUAAUAACGAUCCUAAUAACAAUAACAAAGAGACUAGUACUUCAAAUACUGUUAUCGGUACCAGUACACAUAACCGUAUAUCUCUACAGAAUGGAGACAAAAGAAAAUCGAAACUCAGUCCCAAAGAAUGGUAUGUUUAACCUGUGAUAUUAUAUUUUUCAAAUUGUUACCGUUGUAAAAACACUCUGUCUCGUAUUUUCAGUUGCUGUGAGACAAUCUUGUUUUUUUCUCUUAGCGCAUAAAUAAUUUACAAAUCAAUAUUUAAUUUUUUUUCUUUAAUUUUUCCUUCUACUUUUCUCAUCAUCAAUCACUAGGUUACCAGGAUCACUGUAGAUAACUAUUGUGGAUAAAUAAAUGUUCAUUUAUAAUAGAGAUGUAGAAAAUUGUUUCUUCAGUAUUUAUAAUUUGAAAAUCGAAUUUUCAAAAUCUUUUUCUCUUCUUGUUUGAGUUAAUUCACUCACUCACAUACACACAUAUAUAUAUACUUCACUUAAAUGUACAGAGGGACAGAAAGAGACUGAGAAAUCAAAUAUCAAUGAGCUAAACUACAGCUUAUCUUGCCUACUGUAAGAGUUUCAAUAACAUAAACAGAUUUUAUGUAAAUCUUUUUCUUUUUCUUUAUGUAUAUAUAUUGAACUCAGUUAAUCUACUUCAUUCUAUCUUACAGCUUAUAUUAUUCUGCCUUCAUGAUGUAUUCCAUACAUAUAUAUACAUAUUUCUUAAACCAAACAGUGUUGCAUUUUGUAUAUAAAUCCACCAAUAAGUAUAUCAACAAAGUGUCAAAAAAAGUAUUCAUUUCUAUUUUUUUUUAAUGAACAAAACAAAUUAUGCUGAAAAGAAAAAUCCGGUAAAAUGUUUUCUGAUAC